AUGAAUUCUUUGUCAUACGGACUUAUGUCUCGGAUUCUUUUUGGUAAAAAAUCUGAAGACCAAGAGGCUUAUGAGGAACAUAUGAAGGGUGUCGAUGAAACAGUUGGAGGGUUUUCUGUCUCUGAUCUGUAUCCUUCUAUUGGUUUUCUUCAAGUCAUUACUGGGAUUAGGACUAGAGUUGAGAAGAUUCAUCAAGGAAUGGAUAGGGUACUUCAGAANAUUGUUAGCGAUCACAGAGACAAAACUUUGGAGGCUUUUGGUGAAGAACAUAGGGAAGAUCUAGUUGAUGUUCUUUUAAGGCUACAGAAAAAUGGUGAUCUCGAACACCCCCUAUCAGACACUGUUGUCAAAGCAACACUUUUGGACAUAUUCAGUGCUGGAAGCGACACUUCAUCAACAAUUAUGGAUUGGGUAAUGUCAGAACUUGUGAAGAACCCUGAGGUGAUGGAGAAAGUGAAAAGUGAGGUAAGAAGAAUCUUUGAUGGAAAAGGNUAUGUGGAUGAAACAGAUAUUCAUGAGCUGAAGUACUUGAGAGCUGUUAUCAAAGAAACAUUACGUCUGCAUCCACCUGCUCCAUUGCUGCUUCCAAGGGAAUGCAGUGAGAAAUGUGAGAUCAAUGGGUAUGAGAUACCAGCCAAAAGCAAAGUGAUUGUCAAUGCAUGGGCCAUUGGGAGGGAUCCUAAUCAUUGGAAUGAAGCUGAGAAAUUUUAUCCUGAAAGGUUCCUUGAAAGCUCAAUUGAUUACAAAGGUGGUGAGUUUCAGUUCAUUCCAUUUGGA